AACCACACGCACACGCACAGGCUUUGAACUUUGUUCCCGUGAUGGUGGAGUCCAACUCAAAAGUCGUCGAACUUUCACUGGUCUCGGACUCCACGCAGCAGACGCAAGAUGCUUGGUGGCUGCUUGCUUCUCUUUGUCAUCGUCUCGGGGUUGCGUCGAGCGUCUGCGAACGACGGCGGCCAGGCGUUAACCGAGGCAGCUGAGAACAAGGCCACCGUGACGGAUGAACAGAAAGAAUAUCUGCGAUGGUUUUAUCGCACCGAAGAUCCGACCGUGUGGAAAUUUGUGCUGUUGGGUUUGGCCUUCGUCUGCCUUCUGGUCGGCUUCCUCUUGCUGGGAAUGGGCGCCAUGGCUAGCAGGAACAGGAGGAAGAUUGCUAAGUACAAGGCGGCGGCCGCCGCCUUGGCCCACAGAGGCGAAGACCAGACGUGGCCUGGAGACCACGACGAAGGCCCGCUCGCCUGCGGCGGCACGCCGUCGUCGCAGAGGACCACGCAGUCGCCGGCCAGGGCGCCGCCUUGCAACGGCGACACCGGCGACAUGAAAGCGGGGAGCAUCGUGCUGACGUGGAAGGACGGAAACACUUCCUGCCUGUACCCUGACACCCAGGCCCGCGUCGGGGUCAAGCCGGAUGACGAGGGCGAGGCCCGAAUCCAACGGGACGACGAGGAUGAGAUGAAGGAUGGAGGAGACAGAUGAACAUGCCCACAAGGACAACAACAUCUCCUUUGACUUUUCUACUUUAAUGCCUAUAAAGCAGGUGUGCAUCCACUGAUAAGAGGAUGAUGAUGAUAUUGACCCAAAAAAUUGGUGUUACGGGUCAACACAAUGAAAUGUAAAUCAUUCAAUAUAAACGAUAAAUCAGUUACUGUUUGUGUUUACGUGCGCUUGUAGCCAUCUGCUUCCAUCCAGGUGUACCUAAUCGAGUGGCUGUGCUCAGCGGGGUAAUAUAACUUGGGAU